CUGCGCACCCCCGUGUACACUAGCAUCCUCUCCAUCUCUCUCUCGUAUCUCUCUCGACACAGUCUCUCCCCAUCUCUCUCGAAUCUAUCUACAUCGGCCAAGAAGGAAGAGAGAAGAUGCUGAGACGACUCGCCACUCAGCGUCUAGUCCAGAUCCGCCAUGCUUUCAAUCCAACCUCUCAGACUUCUCGAUCCUUCUCAACUGCCUUAAAUUAUCACAUUGAUACACCUGAUAACAACACCGAGCUUCCCUGGGAAUUCAAUCCUAAAAACCAGGAAAAGGUCAAAGAAAUAUUAUCUCAUUAUCCUUCUAACUACAAGCAAUCUGCAGUCAUUCCUUUGUUGGAUCUUGCUCAGCAGCAACAUGGGGGAUGGCUUCCUGUGUCAGCAAUGAAUGCAGUGGCGAAGGUAAUUGAAGUUGCUCCUAUUCGUGUGUAUGAAGUUGCUACAUUCUAUUCGAUGUUCAACAGAGCAAAGGUGGGAAAGUACCACCUUUUAGUUUGUGGCACAACGCCGUGUAUGAUACGUGGCUCACGAGAUAUUGAAUCUGCAUUACUGAAGCACUUGGGGGUAAAACGCAACGAAGUAACAAAGGAUGGCUUGUUUUCUGUUGGAGAAAUGGAAUGCAUGGGAAGUUGUGUAAAUGCUCCCAUGAUAACUGUAGCUGACUAUUCCAAUGGUUCUGAAGGGUAUACCUAUGAUUACUAUGAAGAUCUUACUCCAGAGCGAGUUGUUGAGAUAGUUGAAGCUUUUAGAAGAGGGGAGAAGCCACCGCGUGGAACUCAGAAUAAUAAGCGCAUCAACUCUGGUCCAGAAGGAGGGAACACUUCGUUGUUAGGAGAGCCCAAGCCACCUCCAUGCCGAGAUCUAGAUGCAUGCUAAAAGUGAUCUUGUGUAAUGUCAUAAAUAAUUAACAGAGUAUGGACGGUCACAGGCACCUGUGGUUGAAAACUGUUGGCCGUCUUGUUAAAUGCUCACUGUUUUUUCACACCUUCACAGUUUUUGAUUUGUAGUUGGUUUAAACAAACAAUUAAGCUCGCUUGUUAAAUGAGCUAUUCUUUUACUUGUAUCAGAAAGUCUUGAUGUUGAUGAAAUCUAUGGACUCUGUUUAUGUUGUUCA